AUGACCACCCUCGGCGAUGACCUCCUCCGCACAGUCAACAAGCUCCAAGACCUUGUCUUCAACACGAUAGGAAAUGACUCCCUCGAUCUCCCCCAGAUAGUGGUGGUCGGUUCCCAGUCGUCGGGAAAGUCGUCUGUGCUGGAAAACAUUGUUGGCCGGGAUUUUCUUCCGCGUGGAAGUGGCAUUGUCACUCGCCGGCCGCUGAUAUUGCAGCUUAUCAACAUCCCUCCUGAAGACGACGACUCAGAUAACAACGGGAAUGGCGAUAUACACAUCCCCCAUACAGCUGCCAGCGUGGCCGAACACGGGGAGUGGGCAGAGUUUCACCAUAUCCCAGGUCGCAAAUUCACCGAUUUUAACCAAGUCCGUGCUGAGAUUGAGAACGAGACGGCGAGAAUAGCGGGCAACAACAAGGGCAUCAAUCGACAACCCAUCAACCUGAAGAUCUUUUCUCCCCAUGUCCUGAACCUCACCCUGGUGGAUCUACCUGGCCUGACCAAAGUCCCCAUUGGCGACCAGCCCUCCGACAUCGAGAAGCAAACGCGAACCCUCAUCUCCGAGUACAUUGCCAAACCAAACAGCAUCAUCCUUGCUGUCUCUCCUGCCAACGUCGAUAUUGUCAAUUCGGAAGCCUUGAAGCUCGCUCGGCAUGUUGACCCCAUGGGAAGAAGGACCAUCGGCGUCCUGACAAAGUUGGACUUGAUGGACCAUGGUACAAACGCUUUAGAUAUCCUGUCGGGCCGUGUUUAUCCACUGAAACUUGGAUUUAUUGGUGUUGUCAACCGGUCACAACAGGACAUACAGACCAAUAAACCCAUGUCUGAAGCUCUCAGAUCUGAGGCAGAAUUUUUCAGACACCAUCCCGCCUAUCGGAAUAUGGCAACUCGAUGCGGUACACAAUAUCUGGCCAAAACACUGAACACGACUCUCAUGGGCCACAUCCGUGAUCGAUUACCUGACAUCAAGGCGCGGUUGAAUACUUUGAUGGGCCAGACACAGCAAGAACUGGCAUCUUAUGGGAGCAAGCAGUUUAGUGGCAAGGAACAUCGCGGGUCGUUAAUCCUUCAACUUAUGACUCGCUUCGCCACAUCAUUCAUCUCUUCCAUUGACGGUACGUCGUCUGAAAUAUCAACCAAAGAGCUCUGUGGUGGUGCGAGGAUAUACUACAUUUUCAACUCCGUCUUCGGCAACUCUCUUGAAACCAUCGAUCCUACACAUAACCUCUCUGUCCUCGACAUCCGAACCGCCAUUCGAAACUCUACCGGACCGCGGCCGAGUCUUUUCGUGCCUGAACUUGCCUUUGACCUCCUGGUGAAGCCACAAAUCAAGUUGUUGGAGAUCCCGAGUCAGCGAUGUGUGGAGCUGGUCUAUGAAGAGCUGAUCAAGAUUUGCCAUACAUGCGGGUCCACGGAGCUGUCUAGAUUUCCUAGAUUGCAAGGCAAGCUUAUCGAGGUCGUCUCAGAUCUGCUUCGAGAGCGACUUGGUCCAUGCUCAAAUUAUGUCGAGUCACUGAUUGCAAUCCAACGCGCAUACAUCAAUACCAACCACCCCAACUUUCUUGGAGCCGCUGCUGCAAUGUCUUCUGUCAUCGCGAGCAAGAACGAGAAGGACAAGAAGAUUGCACAAGCCGAGGAGAGACGAAAACGAGAGAAGCAGCGCAUGAAGCAAUUGGGCGUUAAUGGCGCCGCCACACCAGAUGAGGAAGAUGCGGAACAAGAAGACAAAUCUACCUCGCUACCAAUCAGAAAACACCCGACACUGAGCCGGAGCAUGUCACCCGCCGUCGCUCGUGAGCGUGAAAAUGGCGUCGGUAGCAUAUCCGCUGCUGCUGGCUCAGCAGGCGCUGCCAGAGAUUCGUUCCUAAACUAUUUCUUCGGAAAGGAAGGCGGAUUACCUGGCGGUCCGCUACAGGGUAGUCCAGCAGUUGUUCCGUCGUCCGCCUCGGUGGCCCAGAGGCACGUCAGCCACAGUGUUGAUCCGAGCUUCUCGCAGAGCAUGCGUCGAAUGGAGCGUGGAAGCUUUACAGAUCGAUCGCCUGCGUAUCCACCAGCGAUGCAUGACGACUAUGCGCCGGGGUCUGAGUAUGGCGACUCGAGCUUAUUAUUCCCCGAACAAAAUGCUGAACCUGUUCUGACGGAACGCGAAGCCCUCGAAACCGAACUGAUCCGCCGUCUGAUCUCCAGCUAUUUCAACAUCGUCCGCGAGACAAUUGCCGAUCAAGUGCCAAAAGCGAUCAUGCAUUUGCUUGUCAACCACUCUAGAGAUGAAGUGCAGAACCGUCUUGUCAGCGAACUAUACAAAGAAGAGCUGUUCGGUGACUUGCUAUAUGAGGACGAUGGGAUCAAGAAGGAAAGAGAGAAGUGUGAAAAGUUGCUCGCGACCUAUAAGGAGGCUGCAAAGAUUGUUGGAGAGGUUCUGUAA